UUCUGGCCGAGCCUCCUCUCUGAGAGACAAUGGCAGACGCCAACGUGCUCAGACUGCAGGAUGACCUCAUUUGCUCAAUCUGUCUGGAGACCCUGACGGACCCCGUCUCCAUUCCAUGUGGACACAAUUUUUGCAUGAAGUGCAUCUCAGAGUCCUGGAAUCACUCCAGUGUGUGCAGAUGCCCCCAGUGUCGAGAGGCGUUCACCCCAAGGCCCAGUCUGUCCAGAAACACCUUGCUGAAUGAAGUCAUUGAGAAAAUAAAGCAGAUGGGACCCCUUCCGUCUCAGAGUUAUGCCAGGCCUGAAGAUGUGGAGUGUGACGCCUGCACUGGGAAGAAGUUCAGAGCACUGCAGUCCUGCCUGACCUGCCUAGCCUCCUACUGCGAGAUUCACCUCCAGCCACACUGCGAAGGGGCCGCGUUUAAGGAUCACAAACUGAUUGCUCCAGAUAGAAAUCUCCAGCAGAAGCUCUGCAGUAAGCAUCAUAAGUGUUUGGAAAUUUUUUGUAAAAAGGAUCAGAUGUGUAUCUGUCUGCUUUGUGUUGUGACAGAUCACAACACUCAUGAAAUGGUGGAAGUGGAGAAAGAAAGAGAAGAGAAACAGAAACAACUGCAUUCAACAAUACUGGAAAUCCAGACAAAGCUCCAAGAACGAAAGAAGAAACUGGAGGAGAUCACACAGGCUGUGGAGAAGACUGAGAUAUAUGCAGACAAUGAGUUAGAAGAAAGUGAGAAGACCUUUACAGACUUGAUCCUUCAUGCUGAGCAAGUUCUCAAAAAUGUGAAAGAGCUAAUUACUGUGCAAAGGAAUAGAGAAGUGGAGAAGGCAGCAAGAGUCAGGGAGCAUUUGGAGAAGGAGAUUGAGGAACUGAAGAGGAAAAACGCUGAGCUGGCAGAACUUUCAAAGACUGAUGACAACAUCCACUUCCUUCAGACUUUCCCAUCUACCAGCAUCCUUCCUGGAGGCGAAGAUUCACUGAGGUUCACUGUUACUACGGAUGUCUCCUUCGGUAACCUGAGGAAGGGGCUGUCCUGCUUUAAAGAGCAUUUGGAGGGGAUCAGCAAGAUGGAAAUUGAAAAAGUCUCUCGAUCAGGAAGUGAAGUUCUAGCUCCCAUCCUACAGUCUUCUACACCUCAAAGCAGAGAUAAGUUUUUACAAUAUUUCUGUCCACUCACGUUGGACCCCAGCACAGCACACAGAGAACUCCAUCUGUCUGAAGGGGACAGAAAGGCAAGACGGGGGCCAGUUACCCGGUACCGUGAUCACCCGGACAGAUUUGACUAUUGGCCUCUGGUCCUGUGCACAGAGGCUCUGGCGGACAGUUGUUUUUACUGGGAGGUGGAAUGGUCUGGAGACUGGAUUGAUAUUGGGGUCACCUAUAAAGGAAUCUGUAGGAAAGGAACAAGUCUUGAUUGUGGGCUUGGAUACAAUGACAAGUCCUGGAGUUUGUUCUGCUCUGAUUCUCGUUUCUCUGUCCGACACAAUAAAAUGGAAACUGGAAUCAUUGCACAUCAGAGCCGCAGAAUUGGAGUUUAUUUGGAUCAUCCCUCUGGCUAUUUGUCAUUUUAUAGUGUCUCAGAUACAAUGACCCUCUUGUACACCUUUAAGGCCUCCUUCACCGAGCCACUCUACCCAGGGUUUUGGGUUACUGGUAGUUUAACAAUCUGCGAAAUGAUAAGUGAACAGCAACUUCCGCGUGUCACUUCAUGACUCUGCAAUAAAAAAAUGGUUUGUGCGCUGUGAAGGUGCACUUUUGAUGCAUUUACAGUAUUAAGAGAUCAGAAAAUUGUGGGAUGUGUUAUUGCCAUCCUGUAAAUUUGUAGUUAUUGUCUUACUAAAUAGUAUUGACGAGUAAAACAGGUACGUUUUGAUUGACAUACAGAUUUGCAAAAUUGGCAAUAAAAUUUAUUCAUCCAUCCAUUAUCCAACCCGCUAUAUCCUAACUACAGGGUCAAGGGGUCUGUUCAUUUUGUAGGUAAUUUUGCAUUUGUGAAACUCACUAAAAUAAUUUUUUUGUGGGUUUUAACACUUUGUGGGGGAAACAUGGAAUAACAUUAUUCACACUUUCGUGUUAAUCUGUGUUUGUUUCUGUAGCUGUGUAAUGCAUGCAAUAUAUCGCCCAUCAGCAAAGCAGUUCUACUUAUGCCUCUUAUUCACAUCACAGCAGAGGAGCACAAUGCAUAUUUUGUGACAUUAUGCAUAUUUUUCACAUUAAGACACUCCAAAAUGCCUUUUCACCAUGCUUUCACCACAGGAAACCCCACUGAAUAGAAGGCAAAUCCCAAAUCUCCUCCAUGAACUAGCAACUGCCUUAUCCUGUUUGAUGAUAUGCGCACUUCAUGCACUGUUGAGCUUCGAGUUUCUUUUCUGUUUUCAAUGUACGGGGGAUGUUCAAAAAGUUUCUGCACUUUUUUAAACUCUAUUAUUAAUAAUUUCAAAAACAAAUGAAAUCACUUUUCUAUGUAGUCAUCUUCGUUGCAAUUUUCCCAGCAUCUUACCAACUUUUUAAAGCCCAAUUACUACUCCCACCUUCUCCGUUUCCAAUGAAAAUACGUAAGUGUGGAAACUUUUUGAACGUCCCUUGUAUCUUUAGGAUUGUGACUGCUUAGAUUGUCAUCUAAACUGGCAAAGUGGGCAUCAUAGUACGCACUACUAGAACAAGCACAACACAAGGCUGACAGCUCAACAAAAUAUCUUCAUGUGACAGGAAAUCAUUCUGUCAAUUUUCUUUUUUUCAUUAGAGAUCUUGAGUAAAUGGCAGAUGUCACAUACAUGGAAAAUGAAUGCAUGAAAUGCUUCCAGACAUGAAGUGAACAUCUUUCUUCUUGGGUUAAUGACACAGAUUUCACUGGAAACACAGGAUCAUUUGUUUUUCAAAUUUGUUUUGCAAUAUAAAAUGCUGAAUUUUACUGUGAAUUUAAGUUUGCACGAAUCUUCACACAUCACAACUAAAUAGCAACUUACCUCAUGUGUCUUUAUUGUUAGUAUUUUUUAAAUUGUUUGGUCGCAUGAACAAUGUGACCCAAUAGGUGCCCAGAGGGAUAGCAUUUUACUCUCAUGAGUACAUGAGACAGCAGCGGCCAUUGUGAACAGAUGGAAGGCAUUUAACAGAAAUAAUUAAGCCACCUCUGUGACCUUUAGGUAACGAAAAGGAAAUGGAACAUUUUAAGAUUUCAUCUUUAUUACUACUAAACAUAUUUUCAGUAUUAAUUCUCCCACAACCCCAGCAGAAGCAGCCUGUAAGCACUACAACAACCUGCCAGAAUAGAAACAGUGAGAGGUAAACUAGUGCCAUGCUGAACAGUCCUGCAUAGUCAUUUCUGAUCCUAAGAGAAUUUUUGGCUUUGGAAUGAAAUAUAUACUGUAUGUAGAUGAAGAGAAUAAAGAAAACAAGAUGUAAAGAAAUCUUCAG